UUCAAUUUGCUUUUUCAAGUCACCUUUCUCUAUCUGAGUUUUUUUAGUCCCUCUUUGACUUUCCAUUUGUUCCUUCAAAAGUGAUUGUAUGAACAAUUCAAUAUAAAAAUAAUAGUAGUGAAUCUAUGAACAAAAAUAUGGAUAGCAUUGAUGAGAAUAGAUUUGGGAAGUUUCAAGAAAAGGGUGUUCAUUUUCUUGAAGAAUCAGCAUCCCAAAUGAAAAUGGACUGUAAUAAGGGAAAGGAAAUAGUUGUAUUUGAGGAUCAAAAUGACGAAAACAACAUAUGGGUAGAUAGAGAUUUUCUUAAGUUAAAUGAGUAUAAAGGGAAUUCCUCUAAAAGGGUAGCUGAGAAUGAGGAAAUCCAGGUAGAAAUUAGAGAAAAGAAGCUUAAAGGUGGAAUCUUGGAUCUUUCCUCUAAAAGGGGAGCUCAGAAUGAGGAAAUUUUAGUAGAAAAUAGAGGAAAGAAACUUAAAGAUGGAAUCUUGGAUCUUUCCUCUAAAAGGGUAGCUGAGAAUGAGGAAAUCCAGGUAGAAAUUAGAGAAAAGAAGCUUAAAGGUGGAAUCUUGAAUCUUUCCUCUAAAAGGGUAGCUGAGAAUGAGGAAAUUUUGGCAGAAAUUAGUGAAAAGAAGCUUAAAGGUGGAAUCUUGAAUCUUUCCUCUAAAGGGGUAGCUGAGAAUGAGGAAAUUUUGGUAGAAAUUAGUGAAAAGAAGCUUAAAGGUGGAAUCUUUGAUCUUUCCUCUAAAAGGGUAGCUGAGAAUGAGGAAAUUUUAGCAGAAUUUGUAGGUAAGAAGGCAAAAGAUGGAAUCUUGGAUCUUUCCUCUAAAGGGGUUCUUGAGAAUGAGGAAAUUUUAGCAGAAAUUACAGAUAAGAAGGCAAAAGAUGGAAUCUUGGAUCUUUCCUCUGUAGGGGUUCUUGAGAAUGAGGAAAUUUUAGCAGAAAUUACAGAUAAGAAGGCAAAAGAUGGAAUCUUGGAUCUUUCUUUGGCUUUGCCUAGUACUAGCAGUAGCAGGAGUCUACAAUCACCAGAACCAUCAAAUAACAACACAAGGAUUGGGUAUUUCAGGAAUGGUUCCUUGUCGUCGUGCUAUUCCCAUCCGUUUUCCCACAACCUUAGCUACUCACUUACACUGAGUUCAGAAGAUGAAAGUGAGUAUUCCGGGGAGGGAAUUAAUUGGUCCGAUUUUAGCCAGUUUAGGAAAGUUGAAACAGGAGAUUGUACAUUGCCAGGUCAUCCUGAUGGAAGUAGAUUAGCUCUAAGUUGUGAAAAGGUCAAUAAGGAAAUAUGUGAUAAUGAUACUGAUAGGAUCAGUAGCUCGGAUAGUAAUUCGUUUUUCCUAUUCGAGUUGCCUGCUAGACCAGUAAUUGAUGAUCAAUCAGGUGAUUUGAGAAUCCUUGGAGAAGUAGUUUCAGAGUCUGUUCCUCUUAUGGCUCAGAUUAUGCAAGAGCUUCCUGAUGAAACAGUCGAAUCAACAAAGGAAUACUUGAGAAGCCUAAUUGCAAUUCCUGAGAAUAAAGAUUUGUUGGUCAGCCUUCAGAACAGGCUUAAUGGGAGAUCUGAUCUUACCUUUGAGACUCUUUCGAAGUGUAACAAGACUCAACUGGAAAUUUUAGUUGCCAUAAAGAUGGGACUUGUAACCUUCUUAUCUUCCGAAAACCACUUUCAAGCCACUGAAUUGAUUCAGAUUUUUUCUCUUGAAAGGUGUCGAAACAUUUACUGCAAGAGAGUGUUACCUGUUGAUAAUUGUAAGUGCAGAAUUUGUUCGGAAAACAAGGGAUUCUGCAAUGUAUGUAUGUGUCAAGUAUGUUUGAACUUAGAUUAUGCCAAUGGUACUUGCAGUUGGGUAGGCUGUGAUCUAUGUGUGCACUGGUGUCAUGUUGUUUGUGCUAUACACAGAAAUCUUAUAACACCAGGUCCAAGUAUCAACGGUCCAUCUGGAACAACUGAGAUGCAAUUUCACUGUCUUGGUUGUAGUCAUUCUAGUGAAAUGUUUCGGUUUGCUAAAGAAAUGUAUAGAUGUUGUGCAAAGGACUGGGAUCAAGAAAUCCUAAUUAAAGAGCUUGACUAUGUUCAAAAGAUUUUCCAUGGGAGCGAUGAUUUUAAAGGUAAGGAGUUGCAUGCUAUAACUUAUGGACUGCGGAACAAGCUAGAGAAAAAGAUGGUCUCUCCUUCAGACGCCUGCAAUUUCAUCUUUCAGUUUUUUAAAUACACGGAUGGCUUGUCACAUUUUCUUUCAUCCAGUUUUCCCGCGUCUAUCAUGAGCUCUUCGAGUAGAAGAAAAACUAUGAUUACUCUUGAUCAUCAUCAUCAAAGUGAUGCCAAGAAUCCCUCUAAGUCUGAUAAAAUGAUCGAGGACGAAUGUUCAGCCAUAAAAGAAAUAUGAGCUUUCCAAGUGAAAGAAGAAAUAUGAUACUUAGCAAAACAUUGUGAAGAAUGAGGAUCAAAGAAUUGCAAGAAACACUGAUUUUCUAAUAUGUUACUUUGAACAAUAUGAGUAUCACAAACCUUAAAGGUAGAUAACAUGA